CCCAUACGAUUACCCAUCCUCAGUCCUCACUGCCUCUAGAAAAAAACUCGGAAGUAGUUCUUCUCUCAAACCCUAGUAGACAGAGAGAGAGACAGACACAGAGAUGGCGAUGAAGCACCUUCUGACCCUAUCUCGCCGGUCCCACAGAGCGGCCACGCCAUACCUCGCCCAGGUCACCCGAUCAUUCUCCACCUCCUCGGCGAUCGCCACGCCAUCAUCGGCCCCACCGCCCUCGCCUCCUCCCCCGACGGCCAUGGUCUACGACCGCCUCGCCGAGGCCGUGAAGUCCAAGAUCAAGCAGCUCGACAACCCGGACCCGCGCUUCCUUAAGCACGGGUCGCCCCACCCCGCCGUUGCGGACCACACCCGGAUCCUCUCCGCCCCGGAGACACGCGUCACAACCCUCCCGAAUGGUCUCCGCGUGGCGACGGAGUCGAACCUCGCGGCCCGCACGGCCACCGUGGGAGUGUGGAUCGACGCCGGGUCGAGGUUUGAGACGGAGGAGACCAACGGAACAGCGCAUUUCCUCGAGCACAUGAUAUUCAAGGGCACGGAGAGGCGGAGCGCGAGGCAGCUGGAGGAAGAGAUCGAGAACAUGGGGGGGCAUCUGAACGCCUACACGUCCAGGGAGCAGACCACGUACUACGCCAGGGUCUUGGACAAGGACGUUCCUAGGGCGCUCGACGUCCUCGCCGAUAUCCUCCAGAACUCCAAGUUUGACGAGCACCGCAUUAGCCGCGAGAGGGACGUGAUUCUCAGGGAAAUGGAGGAGGUUGAGGGGCAAACUGAGGAAGUUAUUUUCGAUCACUUGCAUGCGACUGCGUUCCAGUACACUCCUUUGGGAAGAACUAUUCUUGGACCUGCUCAGAAUAUUAGGACAAUCACAAAAGAACAUCUCCAGAACUAUAUUCAAACACACUACACAGCUCCCAGAAUGGUCAUUGCUGCUUCCGGAGCUGUGAAGCAUGAAGACGUUGUCGAGCAAGUAAAAAAAUUGUUUACAAAGUUGUCAGCAGAUCCCACCACAGCUACUCAGCUAGUUGCAAAAGAACCAGCAUUUUUUACUGGCUCUGAGGUUAGGAUAUUUGAUGAUGAUAUUCCUUUGGCACAAUUUGCGGUUGCUUUUAAUGGAGCAUCUUGGACAGAUCCAGAUUCCAUUGCUCUGAUGGUAAUGCAGGCUAUGCUGGGUUCAUGGAAUAAAAGUGCUAGUGGUGGAAAGCACAUGGGUUCCGAGCUGGCACAGAGAAUUGGCAUUAAUGAAAUUGCAGAAAGCAUGAUGUCUUUUAACACCAACUAUAAAGACACUGGUCUAUUUGGUAUUUAUGCUGUUGCUAAGCCGGAUUGUUUAGAUGAUUUGGCAUAUGCAAUAAUGCAUGAGACAACCAAGUUAUGUUAUCAAGUUUCAGAAGCUAAUGUUAUUCGUGCACGUAAUCAGUUGAAAUCUUCUCUGAUGCUUCACAUAGAUGGAACAAGUCCUGUAGCUGAAGAUAUUGGGCGCCAGCUACUUACAUAUGGCCGAAGAAUCCCAUUCGCCGAAUUGUUCGCCAGAAUUGAUGCUGUUGAUGCAAGCACCAUUAAGCGUGUUGCAAACCGAUUUAUUUUUGACAAGGAUAUUGCAAUUGCUGCGAUGGGACCAGUCCAGGGUUUGCCUGACUACAACCGGUUCAGACGCUGGACCUACUGGAACCGCUACUAGUCUGCUUUAAAAAAUUUCCCUUUUAUUGUUGCAUCACCUUGGUUGGGCUGGUCUGGUCUCAGAUAACUUGCAUUUUUUUGAAAUCAAUGCCCUUUGAGAGCUGGCAUUUUAAUUUAUUUGUUUUAGGUCUUGUUUUUGUAA